CUGCCUUCGUUACAAAAAUGUUGGGAACAUAAAGAUUCUGAAAUACAUCAGAAAAUACAAGAAAUUUAUUCCUGGUGCGAAGUGUUUGAAUCCAACGAAACGCUGACAACUUCAUGCAACACGUAUGUGAGAACUGUUCUUAGCGAUAGCAAACUCUUGAAGUCUGCUGGUUUUGUCCCCAUUCUAAGCUGUUUAGAUAUUUCUAAACGCAUAUCUAUAAAGCUUGGAAUCAAAAAGGGGAAAAUGAUUCACGUGGAAGAAGAAAUUCAUAAAGAAUUUAAAAGACGGAAAAAAGAUGAUAAGUUCGAGAGUACCUUGCAGAAGGUUGCUGUGACAUUCGUGGAAAAAUUGAAUAUUUUUCCAAUCAUUACACGUGAAGAUUAUCCUGGUGAGCAUCCACACUUUGCUGGUGUCUACCUGAUUUAUUACGUUGGUCAAACUUCACUUUAUGGAAAGCUGGCUGGAUCUUCUCAAGUACCCAUCUACGUUGGAAAGUCUAACAACGAUAUCUUAGAUCGCCUGUUCGACCACCGCAGGAAAAUAGUAGGAGCUAAGGACUUAGAGGUGACGGACUUCGUCGUUCGAUUCAUGACUCUGGACAUAGAAAACUAUGCGUCCAGUAUUGAGGAGAUGCUUAUAGAUCACUAUGAUCCUUUGUGGAACAAAAAAACAGUGAAGUUCUCUUUUGGUAACGCUAAAGACCCAGACAACAACUGGUACGCAUACCAUGUUGCUAAGGUUAAG